AUUUCUCGUCAGUGAUAUAGACUUCUGUAGCAUCGAUAUUGUAGAUUCCAUUGGUUUUACAGUUAUGUGAAUAAAGUAUCAUCACAUAUGAUUUCUAUAACACCAUCUAGGUUGCGCCACGUGUUUCACUGUGUAAUGUUUAUUAACGCUUAUAUAUUAAGCGAGUGAGGUUAUUUGCUGUUCUUAUUGAAAAUCGUAUGUGUAUUAACAAAAAUGAUUGUGUCCACUUUAAGAUCAGUAAUAGUUUCUCUUACGAGAUUCAGGAUUUCUGAUAUUGAUAAAGUGACGGGAAUAUUGUCUUCGAAUUCGACAAACAUAAGAUGUAUUCACUUAACCCCCAUUGACUUGAAAGAAAUUCGGAGUGAAAAUAACAAAAUCAGAACUGUAUCAAAGAAAUUAUUAGACGAAACUUCUUUUACUGUAGAGCCUGGCACAUCUGCGUUAAUAUUUCCUGAUGAGUUUACACCAAACAAAUUAUUCGAUGGAAUAUUAUUCAAAGACUUACCAAUUGUUUAUGUUAAGGCAACACCUAAUAAUACAAUACUAAGUCUUAGUGAUGCUAUGGGACUUGGAAAAAUAUUACAUUCAGCUGGUAUGGAAGGCUUUAAAAAUGCAAAGAAGGGUACUAAUAUUGCAGGGCAGCAAGCAGCUCAGACAUUUGGAAAUCGUGUUCUUGAGUCAGGUAUAAAAGUUGUUCGCCUAAAACUACGAGGUAUUGGACCAGGCAGAAUGGCAGCAGUAAAGGGUCUUCAGUUAUCAGGAUUGAAUAUUGUUUCCGUCACAGAUGCUACUAGAGUAUCAUGGACUCCUCCAAGGCCAAGGAAACAGAGAAGAGUAUAAUGUACAAGAUGCAUUAUAGAAUAGAAAAUAAAUCAAUUUAUCCCAAAAUAUUUAUAUAAUUAUUACACGUGAAAUUUCAUACAAUUUCUCUUAUAAAUAAAUAAU